CACACUCACUACCCCGCACCACUUUUCACGCCUAUCCCUACGUCAUCCUCAAGAUGGGCGCAUUGGGAAAUCUGGUCCCGUUGGUUAUUCUGUUCUUGCUUGUCGCCGGCGCGGCAUGGGUGGGCUACCAGGUCUACAUAUACUCGAACGAGUUGGCCGAGCGCGGCGCGCGCAAGAUGGAGAAGAAGAACGUCGUCUUCACGAAGGAUGGCGCGAAAGUGGGGGUUAAGGAAGUUAGCGCUGAGGAAUAUGCGGAAAAGACUCAGAAGGCAUUCGUGCAGACAUGGAACACUGCACAAGCAGGUCCUUCGACCUCCACCCGGCGGACAAAUACAAGAUGAGACAUGAAAGUCCUAGCGU